AAAAGCGUGUUGGACAAUGGAUGGGCGUGGAAGAGAUUUUUUUUUCACAUUUAAAUUGAUUUUAAAAAAAAACUUUCUAACAAUGUAAUAGGUAUAGAAUAAGCUUGUAGUUCCCGUCGCGGCCGCGGGGGCAGCAGCGAGCAGGAAGCGGUCAGCAGAAGAAGAGCAGCAGCAGCAGACUUCCCGGCGUGGCCUGUUGUGGUUCUGAUUCGGUUGGUUUCCUCAGGGCCGGUGUUGAACAGAACAUGGAGUUCGGACUUUAAUCUUAAUAGUCCGGGUGUGACGUCACAGUGAACCCUGCGGAGAUGGCCUCGCGUCCGUCAGGUGAGCUUACCUGCAGCCAUGGAGCCCCCUGCUGGAGGAGAGGAGCUGUGCAUCCUGCUGCUGAGGCAGGCAGGAAGCCGGGAGGUGGGCUGCCAGUGGGAGAGACCCGAGGAAGAGGAGCAGACGAGGAAGGAGGUGGGCUGCCAGAGCUGCAGAACCGAGACCAGGGAGGCGGCCGUCCAGGUGGACCUGCUGGGUCAGACCCAGAACCUGCUGGGUCAGAACUUCAGCUGGAGACACUCAGGUUCGUCUGACGACCUGCUGCAGUGUCUGACAGUCCGACCCGACGGGUCAGACGGCGGUGCGCUGCUGCAGCACUGCGUCCCGAAUCGGACCAGAACCAGGAUCAUCAGACCUGCAGCCAAACUCUCUGAUGAGCCCACUGACACCAGAACCAGGAAGAGACCGGUUCCGCAGAGAGCCAGAUGCAACGGGAGACCAGGCCGGCCGCGCCGCCGGUCACCUGACCCCAGAAGGACGAGCAGGAGGAGGAGGUGGGGGUGGAGGACAAAGACAUCGGUGACCCCACCUGGACCCCGAGGGGAGACCGGCCUCUGGCUGUGUCAGAGCCCGGACCGGACUCUGGACCCAGACCGGACUCUGGACCCAGACCGGACUCUGGACCCAGACCGGACUCUGGACCCAGACCGGACUCUGGACCCGGCCUGCAGCAGGAGCUGGACAGCUCGGUGUGUGACGUGUGUGGGAAGGUGA